CGCUGUGCUCAUUCGGAGAAAGGGAGACGUAUAUGCACCGUCGAAAAGGAAAUACGGAAAUAGGCCGAGACAGACGCGAGAGCGUUAAGUAGAGUAAUGUCGGGCUUUCGGGGCGGACGCGGCUCUCCUCGCAGUUGUCUACCGUGAUGCACGUAUCGAUGGUGUCUCGUAACUCUCAGAGAAGACAGAAAAUGUCGUCGAGGAAACGUUGACGGUGUACACGAUAUAUGGAACAACGUACAAAGGCUUGCCACUAGACCACGGAGCGAGAACUAUGAUGAGAUAACGAACGCAGAAUGAAAUACAACAACGUUGACUUUCUCGGUUAUGCAGUCCUCACAUUCACCUUACAUCUUAACGUUCGCGCAGAAGACGGAGUUGCUUGCAAAGAUUUACAAGGACGUUCUUAUGAAAGCGGCUUCCUUUAUUUUCCCGGUCCAGAACCUUGUACAUUUUGUGUUUGUGACAACGGCAAUCCAAAAUGGUGCAAAGCUGUUAUCUGCAAGUUUCUGGAGAAAUAUUUUUAUAUAACUUUUCAGGAAGAUUGUAAAUCUUUGCGAAGAAGCGAAACAUGCUGUGAAUUUAUUUGUUUAAACGACGCUAAUGAAAAGUCUGAUGGCAGCGGUACCAACUUGGUAGAAGGAAGUGCUAACUAUGAUAUAGGAUUACGUUCUGUUGCCAGUUUCGUAACGGCAAUAUUGUCUUUGAGUCUUUUAUUUUUCUUGAUACAUCGCCUACGUCAACGAAAAAUUAGAGAUUCAGGAUAUCCCAUGUUAGUGUGUGUGGCAGGAAGACAAAGCAGACAAUUAGCAGAGGACCAAAGAAAUCUGGGCAGUAUGGGAUAUUUGGAAAGAGGAGGACUACAGCAUAGCAUUCCGAUGGAUGACAUGCCUUGCGGCGGUGGGUAUCCUUUGUGGAAACCAGCGAACAAUUAUUUCCCACGUGGAGAAGCGCCUCCACCUUACGAAGAAGCUGUAGCUGCUGCUAGAACGGAACAAGCGCUAUUAUCUAUGGCACCCCAUACGUUAUCACCAUUAAAUUUUUCAAAUGGCUAUUUGCAAGAUUCUAAUAGUCAUUCGAACAUAGCUGUUGUAGCUAGUAGUCAAGAUGCGUUAAAUUCGACUUCACCGAUGCCUUCGAAUAGUAACGGUGCAAGCACUGUCCCAUUAGUAUCUUCGUCAAACGUAGCGAUCGGUUCAUUAACCACAUAUACGAACUGUCAUCAGCUUAAUCAGAGUGAACAAUCAACGACACUUAACGUUGGUACAUCUACUGCUACAAAUUAUUCGGCAUCUACGAACACAUAUGAGAAUUUGCCUGUCUCAACUGGUAUAACAAAUUUCACUUACCAAAUUGCCACGGCAAGUAACGAUACCCAACCAUUAGCAAGUUCACAUUCCACAAUUUCGAAAAAUUAUCGACAACACACCACAUUUCCUCGACAAAGUGGUGCAUUUACAAUAUCCGCGAGCUUGCCAAAUUCCGAUAUAUCCGCUCAUCGUACAAUUCCAAGAACGCUGACGAAUAACACUACGACGAGAAUAAAAGAUAUUAUGAGGGAUCGUUCAACGGAAGAACUUUUUCAUCUUCCACCGAGAAAUUUAUCCCCUCAGAAUUUGCCGCAAUCAACAUCACCCGUUAUUUCCAAUGAUCAAGAACAUGCGCAAGAUUCUAAUGCAUUUUGCAAGGACGUUUUAACGUCUGCCAUGAACAUUUCUCAAAUUGAAAGACAACAAGGAAACGUUUCGCGAAAACCAUAUGAUUUCAAGCCUCCUUUAAACAUUGCUAACGAGAUUAACGAAGAUGGAAGUUUUGAAUCGGUAGCUUGUACUUGCAGCAUGCAAACUCUUCCAACUCUUCACGAUGACGCGGAUGAUUAUCGUAGCGAGUGUGAAAAUUGUAAAAGCGCAACAGGAUCUCGUUAUUACUUGGAUAACGAAGAUGAGUUGGUUACAUCGCCACACGAAACCAUGACAUUACAUAGGAGACCAGAGGACACAGCAUCAAGUGCCACACCUCAGUAUUAUAGGACUUCUCUUACACUGCCGACAAGUACUCGUCAACGUACCAGGAGUACUGGAGUUCGAGAAAAUUGGUUUAAUACCAUGCCACAAAGCUCUACAGAAUCUUCGGAUGAAAAUUAAAUGUGUAAAAAAAAACAAAAUAACAAAAAAAAAAAUAAAUAAAUAAAACAAAACAAAAAAGAAAAGAAGAAAACAAAAAAAAAUACAUAACGUCUAUAUGUUGAGUAAGUACCAAAAUACGCAAAAGCGUAAUAAAUAUUAGGAUCGUACACGCUCAUUUCAGAGUAAAUGAAAUUCGAUUUGCUUUACACAUAACAUGGGACUGUAUUGAUAGCUGGAACUCGAUACAAAGAAUAACAAUUUUUUACUAAAGAAGUUCGUUAGAUAUGCGUCGUUUCUGUUAAAUUACAGGUAUUUGAUUAGAAAGCAGAAAUACAUGAGUGAUACAGAAUGUACAAAAAUGGCUCUUCGUUUUUUAUAGAUAUUUUUUGAGAUAGUUACCAUAUGUGUACGUUACUGAACUGCGAAUGUUUGUGCAAAUGCAUAUUUUAAUAGGAAAUAAUAAUGAUUUUUUAUCAUAAUGAUAAUUUUAUCAAUAAAUCAAUAACUUUUAUAUACGAAUAUGGUAAUUGACAUGGUUUAUGAAAUAGCGAGUGGAACUUAAUUAUUUUACAUGUGCUCGCAUAUUUUACACACUUUUUAUGAAUAUAUGCAUAUUUUUCAUGCAUAUAUUAUACGUUUUUUUCUUUUCUUUUUCUUCUUAAAUAUGUACAUGCAUAAAUAUCAGCAGUCUGAACAUCACAUAAUAUUUUUUUAUAUGUUUUAGUUUACCGUUGUAUUUGCAUUAACUAAUUUAAUAAAAUAAUAAAAAGUGACUUUAUUAUUUAUAGCUAUAAGUGUACAAACUCUAUAAAACUAUUAAUAUGUAUAUACGUUAUAUACAUAUAUAUAUAUAAAAAAAAAAAAAAGAUCAAAAAGGGUUUGCCAAAAAACUGGACAAUUUUGAACGUAUAUUUUGUAAACUUUCGAUAAUUUAUAGAUUUUUAGGUAAUAGAAAGUUUCCAUAAGUUUUCAAAACCGUAACGAUUGAUUCGUAAGAUAUUUUUAAAUUUAGAUUUCGGUUGACAGAGAGGGAGAGAGAGAGAGAGAGAAAGAAAGAAAAGAAAAGGAGUAUCACAUUUCAGUGUCAUUGUUAGACAUCGUUGUUAUAUGAUUCUUUACAUAAAAUAUGGUUCAUCUUAACGUAAAAAAAAAAAUAAAAGAAAAAAAAUACAUCACAUGGGAAGCAGUAUUGUUACGAACAUUGAUCGCAUGUGUUUAACAAAAAUAGACAUAUUAUCUAGGCUGUACUGUAUCCUAUGUGCAGGAACUUUAACUCUCGUUAUCGUUUAGAUACGAGCAACUAAAUAUCUUCUUUCAGUAGUAAAUACGAUACUUUUUUAAACAUGAUAUCACAAUAACAAUUGGGUAGUAUAUUAGGUAGAAGUUGGAUAAAAAAAAAGUUACACAUACACACAUACACGGACACACACAUUUACCAUAUUAUAAAUGGCAAUAUAUAAAUUGCAUGUUAUACACAACCCUUUUUUCGUUUAAUCACUAAAAAGUUUAUCUUUCUUCUCAUAUCAUUUUCAUGAACAGAGUGCCGUGACUACUUUGAAGUUCAGCACAAAAUUGAUAUAACAUACUGUGUUCAACCAUAGUAUUACUUAAAAGUAUCUUCUUCGUACUCCUGUGAUAUAAUAUCGUAGAUCAUAAUAGGGACUUAAAAAAAAUAAUUGAUAUUUUUUGCUUUAUCGUCAUUAGUACUUUCAAAAUGAACGUGCUAAGUCAUACGACUAAAAAGAUUUAAAAAAGAAAAGAAAGAAAAGUAAAGAAAAUAACAAAAAGUGGCUCGAAUUACCGAAUUCCAAAUUAGGUACCAUAUGAAAAAUUUAUUCAAAGUUUUAGCGUACACUCCGGUUAUAUUACUUUCCACAAGGAUGUAUAUAGACUGAUUUUGUCAAUCGACUAAUAUAUAAGAAAGAAAAAAAAUUUUUAAGUCUAAACGACUAUAUUUCAUACGAUAAUUCCAGUAAGUUGUUUUAACAUUAUUUUUCGGGCAUCUUUAUAUAUACUACAAAAAGGCUGCGAGAAAACAAGAAGAACUCAUUUACGCACAUUGGUGAUUUAGAAUAUAUAAAGCACCAAAUAAUGAUUUAGAGACAACUUUUUAUUUUUAGCACUAAUCCGACGUUAAGAUAACCGAUUUUAAAAAACUUGAUGUAUCUUCUACAAAAGAAGCUAUUAUUUCCAACAAACUAAAAAAAAUGCAAAAAAAAAAAAACGAAGAACGAAUCCAAAUUCUGCAAUAUACAAUCUGUUUUUUGUACAUAAUGUGUCAAAUUUUAUCGUUCUAAAAUAUAAGAAUCGUUGUACAAUUAUAUACUAAGUGUUUAGAUAUUAAUAACGAUAUGUAUUAGAUAUUAACAAUAUUAUGAUUAAUUCAUUAGAUAUUAAUGGCACCACACAAGCGGUAUAAAUCCGUUUAUGAAAAUUUAUCAGUAUUAAUAUAAAGAGCAAUAUUUCUGUUGAACAAAAAAAUUUCGAUUAUCUAUAUUUUAGCUGUAGUAGUCUUUAACUCGCAACACACUUUACUAUAUAUAUUAUAUAUAUAUAUAUAUAUAUAUAUAUAUAUAUAUUUAUUUAUAUAUAUAUAUGUAUAUAUUUUUAUUUCCUUCCAUUUCAAUUAUAAAAGGUUAUUUUAUUGAAUAACGAUAUCUAAACUUAUAGCAAAAUGUACAAUAUCAAAUGAAAUAAUAACAAUGAUGAUGAAAA